UCUCACUUGCAAGCAAUGCGCGCGCCAGAAUGCAAGAGCGCGCGCGCCCGAGCAAAAAAAGGGAGGGCGCGUGGGCAGCCCAGGCCCCGCCCCCGCGCUCUUAUAAAGCGGAGGCAAGAGAGCUGGCCACUCAGUGGUUUCUUGGUGACACCAGGCAGAAGAGCUCGAGCCUUGCGACCUCUUGCUUCUCACCGCAACCAGACUUGGACGUUGAGGUUUUGCCACUGCCAGAGCGACGUCUCGGACUUUCUCCUCCCUAUUUUUGGCAGAUCCUCCCUUAGCAGAUGGAAUAAGUGGGUUCUAAGUCGUGGAAAGAGGGACCUACGGGUGUCCAGCAGCUACUCCACCGGUCUCGCUGACGUGAAGGCCGGGCCUGCCCAGAGUCUCAUUCGGCCCCAGGACGUGAAGGGAGCCUCUCGAAGCCCCCAGACCAGCAAUCCGGACACCGCCCGCAUCCGAGUCAAGCGCUACCGCCAGACCAUGAACAACUUCCAGGGCCUGCGAGGCUUCGGCUGCCGCUUCGGGACGUGCACUGUGCAGAAACUGGCGCACCAGAUCUACCAGUUCACGGACAAGGACAAAGACGACGUCGCCCCCAGAAACAAGAUCAGCCCCCAGGGCUACGGUCGCCGGCGCCGGCGCUCCCUUCCCAAAGGAGACGGGCGCUGGACUCUGCUGUCGCUGGAGCCACAGGCGCGCGGAGCUUCAGCCUCCCGUGCGCACCGAGUGCUCACCGCCCUACUCAGGAUUUAAGUGCCUGUGGCAGCAGUGAACAGCCGCGCAAGCAUCCCGCGGGAUCGGGCUGAGACAGUCUUGCAAAGACCCCCGAGUGGAGGAGGCACAGUCUGGCGAGUCCUGGCUUUGCAGGGGUCCCUCCUCCUCGCGGGGCAGCACUCCCUUCGCCCGGAUCCGGCCCAGGUGCCCCAGGGGGGCAGAGGAAUUGCAGGGAGUGUCUCUCAGGCUCGUGGAGAGGAGAAACAGAAAUAAAUGCUGAGACUCCCGGGGCAGAGGUCUGAGCCACUGCCGUGCCCGCCCACAAACUGAUUUCUCACGGGGUGUCACCCCACCGGGGCGCAAGCCUCACGAUUACUUGAACUUUCCAAAACCUAGAGAGGAAAAGUGCAAUGCGUGUUGUACAUACAGAGGUAACUAUCAAUAUUUAAGUUUGUUGAUGUCAAGAUUUGUUUUGUAACUUCAAAUAUAGAGAUAUUUUUGUACGUUAUAUAUUGUAUUAAGGGCAUUUUAAAGCAAUUGCAUUAUUCUCCCGCCCCUUUAUUUUAAUACGAGAAUGUCUCAGCGAGGUGUAACGUUGUUUGCUGUGUGGAUUGUAUGUGUGUGUGAAAGAGAGAGACUGAUUACCCCCUGGGGAAGAAGGAAACACAAUGUCUCUGUAUAAUCUAUUAACAUAAAAUGGGUGAUAUGCAAAAUAGCGAACCAAUAAACUGUCUCAAUGAUGA